AUGGGAGGUGACUACAGCAAGAAAAACAGCGAUCUACUAGAACACGGCGGCGAAGGAGCCAGCAUCAACGCGGUUUCAGACGAAGAGAUACCAUACACAUCAUUUUCCGUCGUCCGACCAGAAGUCAAGCCCAAGAAAGCGACUCAACAAGACAUUGUUGUUGUUCGCAGCGAUCCGCACACGGAGGCGAGAGCGAUGGGCGCCGAUCCGGUCCUCCAGAGAUUAGAAGAGAUCCCACUCACAUUUCCAGUCAUCCGCACGUCGGUCAACAGAGUGGGUUACCGAGAUCUGGGCAGUUUUGAUAAGCUCGAACACAGACAUGCCUUACUCAUGUGUCUGAGGUAUCAACGGCAUCUGAGGGAGUGCGCUGAGGCUGUGGCUUGUGAUCAGAACGCGUUGACGAGCAGAUUGAAAGACUUGGAGAUGAUAUCUGCGGCUGCUGUGCACGAUGUGGGGAGGAUGCAGAGUCACGUGACCCGGAUGUCGGGUCAGUUGCAGCGAGAUGUGUUGCAGAUUCAGAGGGCGGUCGAGACGGUUGAGUCGAGGAUUCAGCAGUGUGUGCCGAUGUUGAGGAGGUUGAAUAAUGUGUUGCCGGAGGAGGAGAGGUUGGAGGAGUUUCGGAUGUUGCCUGAUGAUGAGGAGGUUGAGACUGAGGGACAGAAUGUAGAGAGAGAUGGAGAUACUGAGGAUGGAGAUGGGCUUAUAGGCUGAUGUAUUUAUAUGCUAUUUAUAUGUAGGAAUGCUUAGGACUUUAUAGUGAUCUUAACGAAUAAGCAGACUGUUACAUGUCCAUUUUAUUCUGUCUUCCUAUAGGCAAG